AUGGGUGGGUUGUGUGAAAAUAGUACAACAGCACUGCAAAUGGAGUGGCCCUCUCCUCCGCCUCCACGUUCUCUUGAGUACAGUUUACAGAGGGCUUAUAACAGUCAGCUGCCGAAGGAUGAUGUGCUUAAUGUAUCGCCUAGACCUUCCCACCAUCUAAAUCCAAUUGGACACUUGGGGAGGACAUUCGUUGAUAAGUCAUCCAUUUGCUGGGACUCAAGGAAGGAACAGUGCUUUGAAUCAGUUGCUGCUAGUCUUUCAGAUAGCAUGCUGACAUCUAAGUCCUCAGCAGAACUGGUGAAUGAAAUUGCCACACUUGAGUUUGAAAUCGUGCAGUUGGAACGCUAUCUUCUUUCUCUAUAUCGGACUGUUUUUCAGCGGCAACUCCCAUGUACAUUGGGAAAGCAGGGAAAUUUACGGAAAAUGAGUGAAACUCCACAGGUUAAGGCUGAAAAAUCAUCUCCGAUAAUGGAACUCGGCAUGUUAGAAGGCUAUAAUGAUAAUCAAAGUCAAAAUUCCCCUUCGAGUGCUUUAGCUCGCUCAAAUGAUCUGAUGACAAUGGCUACUCCAAAGUCAUCAUCUAGAAGGGAGAAGAAUAAUGUUUACUCUCCACACCGUAGCCUUGCGUAUCAUCUCGGAAAUUCUCGCAUAGACGAUGCCCUCAAUUAUCCUGAUAGACUAUCUGAGGAAAUUAUAAGAUGCAUAUCUUCAAUUUACUGUAAAUUGGCCAAUCCUACACCAACUCAGAAGGGCUAUUCAGUUUCUUCGACUUCAUCAUUCUGCUCCUCUAGCACAUUUUCUCCAAGAAAUCUUUCUGGCAGUUGGAGUCCUCAAUGUAAUGAUGAAGUUAUAGACCAUUAUGAUUUUGAAGGCCUAAAACAAGAGAAUGGACCAUAUGCUGCAAUGAUAGAAGUCCGAAAGAUAUGUUUAGAUGAUGAAAGUUACAAUUAUGCUGCUACAAUGCUACAAAAAUUCAGGUCUCUAGUUAAGGGUCUUGAGAAGGUCGACCCGAAGAAGAUGAGACGGGAAGAGAAGCUUGCCUUUUGGAUCAAUAUUCACAAUGCCUUGGUGAUGCAUGCUUAUUUGGCAUAUGGGACUCAAAACUACAUAAAAAGUACUUCCAUCAUGAAGGCAGCUUAUAAUGUGGGUGGACAUUGCCUAAAUGCUUAUGACAUACAAAGCUCCAUUUUGGGAAUCCGACCGCACUAUUCUGCACCGUGGCUUCAGACGCUUCUCUCUCCUGGAAAAAAGUUCAAGACAGGGAGUGGCAAACAUCCGUAUGCCAUUGAAUACCCUGAAUUGCUUGUUCAUUUUGCGCUUUGUUCAGGGGCAGACUCUGAUCCUGCGGUUCGGGUUUACACGGCAAACAAUGUAUUUCAUGAUCUUAAAAUCGCUAAGGAGGAGUUCAUAAAAGCUACAGUUUACAUUCACAAAGAAACAAAGAUAUACCUGCCAAAAAUUCUUUGCUAUUAUGCCAAGGGCAUGUCAAUUAGCAUUGCAGCGCUUUUGGAAAUGGUCAGUGACUGUCUAUCUGGAGUUCAGCAGAAAGCAAUUCGAAUUUGUGCCAAGACUAGACCUGAGAAGUACGUAUACUGGUUAGAGCAGAGUUCAGCUUUUCGAUAUUUAAUCCAUAAUGAAAUUGCUGAAGGACGAUGGACUGCUUGA